CCUGACCCACCACCAACGAUAGACGAUGAAAUCCAAAGAGCGCCGGCGGCUAGGCGACACGAAGAGCAGUCAGACUCCGUCUAAUUGCCGGCGACAAGCUCCAAUCCAGCAACCUUCGGCGGUCCAGCGCAUCGAACUUCGGCGAGCUUCCACCAGCGGCCACAUCCCAGCUCCGACCAGCAACGGCGGCCUAGCUCCAUUUCAGCUCCGGCCUCUCAACUCCCAGGCGCAGCCCCUUUGACGCCAAGCUAAUUUCUGGCGAUAGAAGAAUCGCAGAGCAGGGAUCGAGAAAAAUCAGAGAAGGUUGCGCAAAUCCAAUAUUAGGCGAUUGAAAUUACUAUAUUGCCUCUGGAUUGUGAAACCAACUUUUCGAUUAGCCUUCUUCGAGAUUAAAAUGACAUCUGUAGCUCCAAGAUAAUCUGGGAUUGUGCAUGCAUGAGCUGAUCCAGUUCUGAUAGAAGAGGUUUAGCGGAAGUCAACCUUCUGAGAAAGGGUUAGUUUUCUCCAAGAAGAGGUAAAUAAAUUUGGUUAUUGACGAAUGUGUUCCGUGGCAACUAUGCUAAACAUAAUGUCUCUGCAAGUAUCAGGUACAAUUUCACUCUUUACUCUACGGUUCAGCCAGAUCUAAAAGGACUUUUGGGGAUGGGCUAUCUUUUUUUCAUGAACUUUGUCCAUACAUUGCACGUGGGCUUUUAAUACUUUUUAAAGUCUCAUUUAUAUAUAUGGACUGGCUAAGUCUAAUGCAUGCCUAUAUACUCUGUAUUCACCUAACAUUUGUUUUGUUAAAGUGGAAUUAUUAUAUUAUUCCACUAAAGAAAUAAUGGAACACCAAAUUCUUCUAACCUUUUACUAUGGUGCUGCAUGCAUGCAUAUGGGUUCUUUUAAAAAAUUAAAGUGGUUCAUAUAAUUAGAAUAUAUAUAUACUACUUCGUAUAAAAGUUAUUACAAGUAUAUAUUAAUUAGUUAAUAAUACAGCAGCCAUGAAAAUCAAAGCUCAUCAUAUCAUCAUAGCAUCUUUAGUUUUACAAAUCUUAGCCAUUACGGUGGCACAGAAAGAGAUUCGAAGAACUCCCGCUCCUUCUCCAGCAGCUUCUCCACCAAAGAAGACUAAUAAUAGUUCAGGCAAUUACACUACCCUUGUCAUAACAAUUCCACUUUUUGGGGGCAUCGCCCUGAUGAUAGUGAUAGCGGUGAUACUAUUCAAAAGAAAACACAUCAGCAGCCAUGGAUUGAUUCUAGGGUUUUGGAUGCUGAUGUGGUUUGGAAGCGUGGUUCUAAACACGUGGGACAUUCCGCGUGUUUCCAAAACCCUAGUCUCCUUCCACGUUGUGGUCAACGUGUUAGGGCUAGUGUACUGGGUCCACUUAGGACUUUUAGAGUACAACCGGAAGAACGCGUGGCCCUCUGCCAACUUCAUGUUCGAGAUCGCAGCCUGGUUUUCCAUGUUCGCGUUAAGCUGUGUUGAAGUCUUUGUACUGACCUUAGCUGGGGAACGUCAAUAUCGCAGGUUGUCCCAUUGGUACCCAGUGGCAAUAGCUUUCAUUUCAAUGGUGGAGAACUAUUGGACAAAGGGCAGGGAGAUCAGAGAAGACCGGAUGAAAUCGCAGCUGAUCAAGAACUUAGAGGCAGCAUUUAAAGAAGUCAUUAGGCUUUGCAUGGAACACCCUAAGAAAAUUGACAUUGUUGAGUUUGAGGAGAAGGUGGAGGAGUUCUACAGGCUGUUGGAUAUGUUGGUGGCUCAGUAUCGGGAGGCGGUCGCGGUUGCUCAGCAGAGGGAGGCUCUCGGGAAGAAGGCGCAACAGGGGUAUGCCGCCACCGCAACAGUUGUUGAAGUGGUGGAUACGUAUGAAGAUAGGGUAAAUGUGACCUGCGAGGCUCGUGCCCAUGCAGAUUGCGAGAUACAAAUCGAAGCAGAAGGAGGGCACAAGGCUCGCGGGCCUCAUCAUGACGAUAUCGAUACAGUUUGUGGUGAGAUUCAAACGGAAGGUGCUGAGAGGGGGGACGUGGUCGGCCAAACUCAAUAUUUAUAAGAGUAAUUUACCUAAAUAGGACUAAAACAUAAUGACUUUCUCCAAAUAGGACCAUAUGUUUUUAUUUCUCAAUGUAGGACCUUUGGUCAUUGUUAAUUAGUAAUUAUUCAAGUAAAUGUUCAUCAUUGCUAGGCAUUAUUCCUUCCACGAAGACAUUAUUAAAUCCUAUUUAGGGAAUAGAAAAGUUUAAGUCCU